CCUCCGGCGCUGGCCUUCGCAGCCGGGAAGGGCCGGGAAGAUGCUGGAGACGCUGCGAGAGCGGCUGCUGAGCGUCCAGCAGGACCUGAGCGCCGGGUUGAAGACUUUGAGCGACAAAUCAAGAGAUGCAAAGAAAAGUAGGCAAAGAACUGUUCAGUGUUUGCCAGAGUUUUCUGCUGGACUGGAAUUACUAAGCAGAUACGAAGAUGCUUGGGCUGCCCUUCAUAAAGGAGCCAAAGAUUGUGCAAAAGCUGGAGAGCUGGUUGACAGUGAAGUUGUGAUGCUUUCUGCUCACUGGGAGAAGAAAAGGAGCAGUCUGGUGGAACUGCAGGAUCAGCUUCAACAAAUACCAGGGUUCUUAGCAGAUCUGGAAUGCCUCACAGCAAGCCUAGCCCAGCUAGAGGCAAACUUUGAGGAAAUGGAGAAUCAUCUGUUGUGUCUUGAGGAACUAUGUGAACAGUGUGAAUUGGAAAGGUACAAAUGUAUGCAGACAUUACAGCUGGAAAACUACAAGAAAACAAAAAGGAAGGAACUGGAGACAUUUAAAGCUGAACUCGAUGCUGAACAUGCACAGAAGGUUUUGGACAUGGAGCACACCCAGCAGAUGAAGCUGAAGGAGCGCCAGAAGUUCUUUGAAGAAGCCUUCCAGCAGGACAUGGAGCAAUACCUUUCCACAGGAUACUUGCAGAUAGCAGAGAGGAGAGAACCCAUUGGAAGUAUGUCUUCCAUGGAGGUGAACGUGGACAUGCUGGAGCAGAUGGACCUGAUGGACAUGUCUGACCAGGAAGCACUCGACGUCUUUUUGAACUCAGGAAGCGAAGACAAUAAUGUGCUGUCUCCCAUGCUGGGGCCCGACUCCAACAGCUAUGUGAGCGAGAUCAGCCUGCAGGUGCCGAGCCAGUCGGAGUUACGGCAGAAGCUCUGUUCCCUGUCCUCCACCUGCACCGACUCGGCCAGCCAGGACGCCAGCGAGGGAGAGUCCCCCGUGGUCCAGUCGGACGAAGAGGAGGUUCAAGUGGACACUGCCCUUGCUGCUGUAACUGAGAGAAAGGGUGCUUCAGAUGGCAGUGAUGAAAGUGACUCUCAGACUAUUUGAAUCUUAAAACCAUAUCCUUUGAGAAUGACUUCUGAAUGAAUGAACAAGUGAAUGAAGAGCUUGCCUGUGUAACGAUUUGCUAACCAAGCGUAACAGCCAGAUCUUUUUACUUAGUAAUACUGCCUUUUUACAAAAUUGCCAGUCAUGUGGAGGUUGGUUUUUAAAGAAAAAAUUAUGCCUAAAGCACACACACUUUAACAGUAGUCUUGGGGCUCAGGGGAGCAGUAAAACUGUUGUAUAUACUAUGUAUAAGAGAAUUUAAGGGGAAAGGUAGAAGUUACUUUGACCACUAACCUUUAAAUGGCUGAUUGGAAGUACUUAAGAAUUGAUGUGUAAAACUGAACCCAAAUUGUUCCUUGCAUGUUUUCAGCUGCUGCAACUGAAGAUUUAGGAUCCAAACCAAAAUGAAAAGUUAUUUUCUACUCUUUACUACCUACUGUCUGCCUCCUGCCUUUGUCUACUAAUGCAGCAGUGUCUACUGUUCUCACACUUCUUAUUCAGGACCAACUUAGUUAUAGGUGUUAAGGAAAAAAUAAGAAUCCAAGAAGGAGGAGAGAUGCAUAUGGAAAUGUUGCACUCCUUGUGGAGCAGGUAUCUUAGCAUUGUGUACUUACUCCUCUUUCAAGAUAAAAUAAAGAAUUUCUAUCCCAA